GCUCAAUCCAAUCGGAUUUUAUGCUCCCGACAGAGGCCUCCGAAUCAGAUUGAUAUAAGAUGGCGACCGCGGAACCGGAAACCACUUCAAAUCCUCAAAAACCAGAAGAAGAGAAAACUGAAGAAACCAGUCAAGAGAUUGUCAGUCCUGAGAGCUACAUUAAACAUCCACUACAGAACAGAUGGUCGCUUUGGUUCUUUAAAAAUGACAAAAGCAAAACUUGGCAAGCAAACCUGCGUCUCAUCUCCAAAUUUGACACAGUGGAAGAUUUCUGGGCUCUUUACAAUCACAUUCAGCUGUCCAGCAACUUAAUGUCAGGUUGUGACUACUCACUUUUCAAGGACGGUAUUGAACCCAUGUGGGAGGACGAGAGGAACAAACGAGGAGGGCGAUGGCUGAUCACUCUGAACAAGCAGCAGCGCCGGGCCGACCUGGACCGCUUCUGGCUGGAGACCCUGCUGUGCCUGAUCGGCGAGGCCUUCGACGACUACAGUGACGAGGUGUGCGGUGCAGUUGUCAACAUCCGAACAAAAGGAGACAAAAUAGCAGUGUGGACGACCGACUAUGAAAACAAGGAAGCCGUAACGCAUAUAGGGAGGGUGUACAAGGAGCGGUUAGGAGUGCCACCGAAGGUGCCCAUCGGGUACCAGUCCCACGCAGACACCGCCACCAAGAGCGGGUCCACCACCAAGAACAAGUUUGUCGUUUGAGAAGCCCCUCAGGGGGAAGCGCCGUGUCCUUUUCCGGUUUCGUUCAGCUUCAGUUCGUUUUGGUUCUUUUUUUUGGUUUGUUUUUUUUUUAUUUUUAGUCCUUUCCUGAGAGAAGACUGCGUCCAGCAAUCCGCACCCAGGCUAAACCAAAGCUCCGUCAAAGCAGAGUGGACUGCAUUCGAUCAAAUCAUCAGAAAAAUCGGGGGCCGGCGUGGCCGCUUGCCGGGUCCUUCCAUUGGCAGGCGCUCAUCCUUUCACCACUGCAUUACAUACAGACAAAACAAACGAAACUUCUCAAAAGAUUUAAGAACUUGAAUUUCAUGCCUGCACCAGGAAACUUGUGCAUUAACCGCAAACGGGGAGGGAAAAUGAAAAAAAAAAAAAAAUUGUUGCUCUAACAAUAUGUUGAAUACGAGAACCAUGUUUGUCUUUUAAAAAUGUCCGUCGGUAAAUUAAAUGGCGGAUGACAGGAAAUUAAUUUUUUGACGCUUUUCCAAUUGCUUUCUGUUUUGUUUUUUCUCUGUACAGCGGUGCUUUUGCUGUAAUCCUU